CCACCACCUCCUCCUUUCAUGUCUGAUCGAAAGGGAAGCUGAUGAAGAAGUAAACGAGAAUAGGGCAGCAGCAGCAGCAGGAGGGGGGGUCUUAUUUUCUUAUGAGCGGAAAAGGCGUCACACCGGGCGCAGAGCGCAGCGCGCAGGACGUAAAGCGAGGAAGACGCAUCACGGCGAGGGAGAUAGAAAAAGACAGAGGGAGGAGGCGCCAGCGGAUCGUAAAUACGACAGAAAACGGCGAGUAGGACGGGCAGAAAGCGGCGACCACCCUCUCCACCGCCGACCCCCGUGUCCCUCCUCAUCUCUCCAUCUCCAUCCCUUUUCUGCGCCGUUAGCUCAUCCCUUCGCGCAACCAAAGCAGCCCGGAUUUUUUUUUUUCUUCUUGAUUUUAAUCUCUUUUUUUUUUUUUUUUUUUUUUUUUUGUGGACAAACCUCUGCUCGGUCUAUCGUAGAAUUUUAAAACACCGGAGGCAAGCGAGGAGGCUGUGCCAUAGGCUACGAGCGACGGGAUCCACCGUAGGUCCUGCUCGGGACGAUCAUCGGCGCAACCAAUUCGGUGGAUAAAACCGGAGGGGGUGGGGGGUAUGGGGGGGUAGAUGACUGUCGAGUAACCCGGCUGAAGCACACAGAGAGAGACAGAUAGAUAGAGAGAGAGAGAGAGAGAGAGACCCCGGCCCCCGGUUAUCACGGAGACUCCAGCAUCAUCAGUGCGAUGGCAUAGCGGCUUCUGCAGCAAAGCUACCAGAUCAGCAGGGCUCUCAUCCAGCAUGAACCUCUGAAAGACAUCCGACACAGGCACAGAUGGGCAGCCUCGCAGGGGAGAGGAAGGUUGCGACAAAAGACUGGCAACGACUGGUGACAUGAGCACAUUGGAAUAAUUUCUACAAUCAUGUCUUGGCUUAGAGGUACCUGGGCCUCCCUGAAUCCACAGAAAGCACCCACACGAUGCCUGCGGUUACUCUGUUUGAUGAAAAUGCGGCGGCACAGGGUGUUCUUGUUCUGCACAGUGGGCCUGUGCGUCAUCUCCUUCCUCCACUACUACAAGGCCCUCCACUACGUCUCCCUGCUGCGCGAGCUCUCCGCCCCGUACCCCAACAUCAAGUCCUUCAUCAUGGUCACUGGCUUCUUCUGGAGGGAGAAAGGUGUGGCCAGCACCCCGAUAAGCCCCGCCUCCCCCGAAGAGGCCCCUCCCCUACCUGUUCUCCGUCCGUCAGACCCCAAAGCUAGAGCCGUGGCGGGCGCUGGGGGAGGGGGAGGGGGAGGAGGAGGAGGAGGAGGUGGAGGGAUGGGCCUGGGGAUUGGGGGAGUCUUGGUUGGAGGUGCUGGGAUCGUUGGCGGCGCAGGCCCGGAGAUGAAGAUAAGGGGGGAACCGGCGCCCCCUCACCCUUGGGAGAACAUGGUGGAGCACCAGAGGGGAGACACGCUGAAUGAGGGGAGAGCUGAAGACCAGUUGAAGCAGCAAAAUCCCAACCACCUAGCCGGGCCCAACCUCCCAGAGGUCCCAUUAAUGGGAAAAGAUCACCGGCACAAGAUUGUAUUGCCUGAUCCCUUAGAAAUAAUGGGUGACCUCCACACUGUCAAACACAAGCUUCAAGAUGACACAACAUCUUACUUUAUCCAAACCAAAGUUGGAGCCCGUUGUUUUAAGCAGGGGACUGAGGUGGCUACCCAAAAGGAGUACUCUGGGAAAUCAGGGGGGUCUGUGGCUAAUGGAGUAGGGGAUGGUGCUCGAGCAGCUGGGCAAAGGAAACCUCUGGAGGUCCAGCAGCAGCCCUCCAUAGCUCCAAAACCCAAGACCAAGGUCAGGGGCAACGGGAAGCGGCUGGUAAAGUGUGUAUGUCGGCAGGGAUGGCAUGGACCUUACUGUGGGGUUCCCACCAUGGUGUAUCACUCCAAUUUGCCCACCAAGGAGCGGCUGACGCCCAGAGACACCCCGCGGAGGGUGAUCAACGCCAUCAACGUUAACCACGAGUUUGACCUGCUGCAUGUACGCUUUCGUGAGCUUGCCCAAGCAGUUGAUCUUUUCCUCGUCUGUGAAUCCAACUUUACUGCCUAUGGAGAGAGACGGCCUCUGAGUUUCCUGCGGCUCCUUCGCAAUGGUACGUACGACUACAUACGUCACAAGAUCCUGUACGUGUUCCUCGACCACUUCCCGGAGGGCGGUCGGCAGGACGGCUGGAUCGUCGAUGACUACUUGCGUACCUUCCUGACACGGAAUGGCUUGUCCAGGGUGGUGGGCAUAAGAUCGGACGACGUCUUCGUCAUCAACGACGCGGAUGAAAUCCCAGCACAUGAGGGCCUCCUUUUCCUCAAGCUGUUUGACGGCUGGACGGAGCCUUUCGCCAUCCACAUGCGCAAGUCCCUGUAUGGUUUUUUCUGGAAGCAGUUUGGCUCCCUAGAGGUAGUAUCAGGCUGCACAUUGGGGAUGCUCCGCGACGUCUAUGAUGGCGACGGCAUCAAGCUCCGCCGACGCGAAUACUACACCAUGCCGGGUUUCCGAAAGUACGAGAACGACACGGGCCACAUCCUGGUGCAGUGGUCGGUGGGCAGCCCCUUCCACUUCGCCGGGUGGCACUGCUCCUGGUGCUUCACGCCCGAAGGGAUCUACUUCAAGCUGGUGUCAGCUCAGAACGGAGACUUCCCGCGGUGGGGUGACUAUGAGGACAAGCGUGACCUCAACUACAUCCGCGAACUGAUCCGGACGGGGGGCUGGUUUGAUGGCUCUGUGCAGGAAUACCCCCCUGUGGACCCCAAAGAGCACAUGUACGCCCCCAAGUACAUGCUGGAGAACUAUAAAAGGUACCACUACCUACUGGAGAACCCUUACAAUAAAAAAUACCAGACUGGGUGAGGGCUAGAAGUUCAGCGAGGAAAAGAUCCGCGAAAUAACUAAUAGGACCCAAAUAUGGCCUCAGCAUUGAGUUUUGAGGGGGGGGGCAGAACGGUGUUGAUGAACAACAUUUCUCAUUGGAGUGAUGCGACAUGUAUCUCCACCAGGCAGCACUGACGUUGUAGGGACUCAAAAUCUCUUAAAGUCAUUAUUUUGGGGUCAAAAAAGGGAACACUGAAUCGCAUCCAUCAUGGAUUUACGGCCAGAUAUCAUUGAGAGGUUACAAACACUGGAUAAACAAAAUCAUGCAUUUUC